AUGUAUUUUUAUAAAACUGUAUGGUGCCCUAAUACUAAAGAUCAUGACAGAUGUUCUUGUCCUUAUAUGCAUAAUGUUUAAGAUUUUAGAAGAGAUCCUAAAAAAAUAAAACUUAUUUAAGAAUAAUGUAGUACUUGGAUUAAAGAUAAUAUUAAUAAAUAUAUAGACGGAUAAUGUGAAACUUAAUUAGAUUGUAAUUAUUGUCAUGGAUGGAAAGAGUUUAAUUAUCAUCCUUUAAUUUAUAAAACUAAAUAGUGCUUGAAUUUGAAUUAUGAUGAAGAUCUUCCUAUUAAAGAAAUUAAUUCUUAUGUAAAUGAUUUUAAUAUUUGA